GUUUCCUUAAUGAUGAUGUAAUGAAGAGUGAUGUGAUGUUAGUUUCACAUUUUCUGCUCAGAGGAGGAAAAAUCAAAAUCAUGAAACAAGUUUAAAUCACCUUUUAUCUGAGUGUCUCUCAGCCUCUCAAACUUCUCAUCCUCCUUUUAAGCAGAUUACAACCCUUCCUCUCUCUUACAAAGUCACUAGCCUUCAAUUAAAUCCUUAUCUCUCCACCCCUUACUAGCUCCCUCUGACUCCAGUCUGUCAGUCUCCCCUGCAGCUUGCGCCAGCUCGUCCUCCUUACAGGUUCAUUUGUCUUACUUUAAAGGGAGUUAGUCGCCUCCAGUAUGAUGCAGGCUGGAGUUCAGACCAUCACUGUCUGGCUGAUUUAAUCCAGCGGUCUGACAUUUCUUGCCAUGGGGACACCAGAUGUAACCACGAAUCGGUGGAAAGCACCGGUGUGGUGGUGUGUCAUGGUCGCCCUGUUCAUCAAAGGGUCGACUGGGUUAGUCUGCUACACGGCAGUGGAAUCACUGGAUUUAGGCUGCCUCCUGCGGUGGGAUUGUCCCCAUGCCAGUCCUAAUACCACCUACACUGUGCAAACAAAGACUCAGGGGGACCCCUGGCAGGAUGUUCCGUGGUGCGUUUGGGUGUCGUCCCGCAGCUGUGACGUCUCGCGGGCCUUCGCGAACUUUGAGCUGUACAACAUGAUCCGUCUCGGCGUCCACCUCGGCCCCGGCACCACCGUCUGGAUCGAGCCCCGCAAGUUCGACUACAGCGACUUCACCUUCAGCCCUCCCUCCGUCUCCGUCUCUGUGAAAGAAGACCAGCUGAUGGUGAAGGUGCAGUUCCCCUGUGCUGCCAACAGGAGGUGCUCUCCGGAGAGGUGCUGUCCAAUCACUGAACUCAUUGACCCCUGGACCACAGUGACCGUGUACAACAAGCUCAAUCACUCAGAAUACCAGAGCCGGACAGUUUGGACCCAGGAAGUGGUGACGUACGUGGACUUCUCUGGCCUGGCUCCUGGUCAGAACUACUGCACCGUGGCCAACUUCUCCUUCCCGACCUUCUCCAUGGCUGCUUCCUCAAAAUCAGCCCCUCAGUGUGUUGAGACUGUUUCCAAACCAGGGCUGCUUCCUGUGCUGUGUCUGGGGAUCGGGCUCACUUCUCUGCUCCUCGCUCCACUUCUCGCUUUGUUUCUAAGGAGACCAAGACGAGCCACACCAGCCACUGAAGAUCAGCCCAAGGCUCCGGUGCCGUCUCAAGAUCCAGUCUCUCCGGUCCAGCUCUCCCUCGUCACUGUCGAUCCAUGUGACAUCCACCUGGAGUUAGUUGAUGACCAAAUCUCUAUCCAGUCGUCAUCCGGUCUUCCUACCAACAAAGCCCAGACCUACACCCUGGAUCCUCCCCAUCAUGACUCCCGCUCAGGUGCUUCGUACUGGGACAGUGGUGGAGUGGAGCUGGAGCCGAGCCUGGACUCUGGGAUCUUCAUCCCACCUGCUCUUCUGAAGGACGAAUGGAGCCUGAAAGACUCAAAGAAGGAAAUGCUUAGUCACUCGCUCGGUGACUCACCCGCCCUCCGACUUGUUUCUACCCCCAGCGUCGACCGUAUGACCGUCCACAGAUGGUCAGCAAUGCUCAAUUAAGAAACAUGUUGCGCGCCAUAAACGCUGCAUAGC